UGACCGCCCCCCCACCCAGCUUUCCCUUCCCGCUUCCUGGCCGUGCCCCUCCGCCCAGCUCAGCCCACCGAGCCCCCUUCGCCUCUGCCCAGCCCUGGCUGGGGGCCCGGGGACAGCGGCGGGUCCCGACCGGCUCCCGGGCCGGGCCGAGCCGAGCCGAGCCAAGCCGUUCUGGCUUCUUUGUCUGCGGGCGGCGUCUGCCCCGGCCCCGGCCGCGGUCCCCUGGUCCGGGCUGUGAGAUGAAUCUCUAAUCGGUGUGGCCUCCGGGCACCCGGGGCGAAGGCGGCUCGGGCUCGGGAUGCUCUAGGUGUGGGCCAGCCCCCACCCCACCCCGCAAUGACCAUGGAUCCUGGAGCCGGGUCCGAGUCAUCUCUGACUGUCAACGAGCAGGUCAUUGUGAUGUCAGGCCACGAGACCAUCCGAGUGCUGGAAGUUGGAGUGGAUGCCCAGCUCCCUGCUGAGGAGGAGGGAAAAGGACUGGAGGGCAUGGCCACAGAGGGCUCCCAGAGCCGAGGCCCUGCUGAAACCAGUGAACCUGCUGGUGAAACUGGGUCAGACAACCCAGACCUCUCUGCAGAGGCAACUGUGAAGUCACUCGCGGGGAUCCCUCCGAGUCCUGCUCCUGCCAUUGCCACCUUCAGCCAAGCCCCAAGCCAGCCUCAGCCAUCGCAGACUCUGACGCCCCUGGCUGUCCAGGCUGCCCCCCAGGUCUUGACUCAGGAAAACUUAGCCACAGUUCUGACAGGAGUUAUGGUUCCAGCAGGGGCAGUUACUCAACCUCUUCUUAUCCCCAUCAGUAUUGCAGGUCAAGUGGCUGGGCAGCAGGGGCUGGCCGUGUGGACAAUUCCUACAGCAACUGUAGCUGCCCUCCCAGGACUGACCGCUGCUUCUCCUACGGGGGGAAUUUUCAAGCCACCUUUAGCCGGUCUCCAAGCAGCUGCUGUGCUGAACACCACCCUCCCGGCACCUGUACAAGCUGCCCCACCAGUCCAGGCUGCCUCACCAGCCCAGCCCCGGCCACCAGCCCAGCCCCAGACGCUGUUCCAGACCCAGCCGUUGCUGCAGACCACACCUGCCAUCCUACCACAGCCCACUGCUGUCACUGCCGCUGCCCCCACCCCUAAGCCAGUGGAUACCACCCCACAGAUCACCGUCCAGCCUGCAGGCUUCGCAUUUAGCCCGGGAAUCAUCAGUGCUGCUUCCCUCGGGGGACAGACCCAGAUCCUGGGCUCCCUCACUACAACUCCGGUCAUUACCAAUGCCAUUCCCAGCAUUCCAGGGAUCAGCAGUCAGAUCCUCACCAAUGCUCAGGGACAGGUUAUUGGAACACUUCCAUGGGUCGUGAACUCAGCUAGUGUGGCAGCCCCAGCACCAACCCAAAGCCUGCAGGUCCAGGCCGUGACACCCCAACUGUUGUUGAACGCCCAGGGUCAGGUGAUAGCGACCCUAGCCAGCAGCCCCCUGCCUGCACCUGUGACUGUCCGGAAGCCAAGCACGCCGGAGUCCCCUGCUAAGAGUGAGGUGCAGCCCAUCCAGCCCACACCAGCGGGUCCCCAGCCUGCUGUGGUCAUCGCUAGUCCAGCCCCAGCAGUCAAGCCAUCUGCCUCUGCUCCUAUCCCAAUCACCUGCUCAGAGACCCCUACGGUCAGCCAGUUGGUGUCCAAACCACAUACUCCAAGUCUGGAUGAGGAUGGGAUCAACUUAGAAGAGAUCCGGGAGUUUGCCAAGAACUUUAAGAUCCGGCGGCUUUCCCUGGGCCUUACACAGACUCAGGUGGGCCAGGCUCUGACUGCAACAGAAGGUCCAGCCUACAGCCAGUCAGCCAUCUGCCGGUUUGAGAAACUGGACAUCACACCCAAGAGUGCCCAGAAGCUGAAGCCGGUGCUGGAGAAAUGGCUGAAUGAGGCCGAACUCCGGAAUCAGGAAGGCCAGCAGAACCUAAUGGAGUUUGUGGGAGGUGAGCCCUCCAAGAAACGCAAACGGCGCACCUCCUUCACCCCACAGGCCAUAGAGGCUCUCAAUGCCUACUUUGAGAAAAACCCGCUGCCCACAGGCCAGGAGAUCACUGAGAUUGCUAAGGAGCUCAACUAUGACCGUGAGGUGGUGCGGGUCUGGUUUUGCAAUCGGCGCCAGACACUCAAGAACACCAGCAAGCUGAACGUCUUUCAGAUCCCUUAGGGCUCAGCCCCCAGCCCUGUGCUCCAGCACUUAGUACUCUUCCCUUGGCUCCCAGUUGUCGCCAGUACUGCGACAAUACCACGUGCAGCCAUGCCCUAGGUCGUGAGACUCUACCGUGUGCAUGUGUGUCAAGACCUCCCUCUUCUCCCCCACGUUUCUCACAUCCUGGGGAGGCCAAAAGGGCAGCCUGCAUGGGAGCCCUAGGCUCGGGGCUGGGCAUGUCAGAGGGAUUUGUGGUAUCUCUUAGAGAAGCACUUUGAUCAUAUGGUUUCUGAAAAGUAAAUUCUGGUUGAGAACCAGAAAUGUCCCAUCUCUGGGGCAGGGCUGUACAGCUCCUGGGGACCACUGGCCAUUAGCUUUUGCUUUUGAUGGUAUUCUCUUUCUACUCACUCCUCUCCUUUGGUCCUGUUAUUCUGACAGACAUGGCAACUUAUCCAGCCUCUCACUGUCCUUCCCCACUUGGCGUACAGGCACACACUGAGUAUCUGAAAGGACCCAGGAGAUAAAAUUUUAAGAAGUGUGAUGUGCUGCUCAGAAGGUCAGACUCAGGUUCUGCCUUUACCUCAAGGCCAGAAGACUCCUAAAGUUCUGGGGCCAGACCAUGUGAGCUCCUUUUCCUGGUUCCUUUGGUGGAGGAGACUGCAUUAAAGCAGAACCUUUCCUUUUGCAUUCCAUGUUGGAAGGAAACACCAGUAAACUCUACCUGUCCUGGAGUCCUCUGCUACAGGCCUAGAAUUGAGUAAAUAAGGCCAUUCUCCCAGGUUUUAACCUAAUCUCUGUUGAUGGCCAUCCACCCACAAAAAGUGUGUGUUGGGGGGAAAAAAAAGUCACACUUCCCAAGUAACCAGGCAGCUCUGGAGAAAAGUAAGGACAGGAAUAUUGAUUUUCUCUCUUCCCCUACCCCUAUACCCACCCCAACUAGUACCGAGGACUUCUAAUCAGAAAGCAAGACACUGGGGGAAAUGAUAACAGCCAGAAAGAGCUGAUGGCAGCCCAGGGAGGCCUCUUGUAGAAGCCAACUUAACUCUGAUUUUCUUUGUAACUUUAAGCCUUGGGUAUUGGAUAAAUCUCACUUUGACCACGUGUGUAAGCAAUCCUUCUCAGUGCUCCUCUGAGUCAAGAAUGCCCCAGAGCAGGAUACCCCUCUAGGAGGGGUAGCCAUGGGGGGUGGGGAAUGGCAUCUCAUCUAAGCUGUUAAGUGAGUUUUUCCAGCCUCACUGCGGCUGGACAGCCCUUUAAAUGAAGUAUGUGGACUGGGAUGUAACUCAGGGGUAGAGUGCUUACCUAGCAUGUGCAAGGCCCUGAGUUUGAUCCUGAGCACUGCAAAUAAUUAAAAAACUCAGUAUGCAACUUUAGGAUCUCAAGAGAUAACUAAGAAAUUUGCUUGGAUGAGCAGAUUUGCACUGCAUACUGUCCCAGUGGUCAACCACCCUCUCUUCACUACUUUUAUCCUAACAGAGGCUAGUCUCUAGCAGCUGACCCCAGUGUACCUCAAGUGAUCUACUCUGAGGGAGUGACCAUCAGGCAUCACUCUGUUGGUCACUGGUGCAGAGCCACCCUGGCUUUCUCUGGUUCCUUUGGUGCUGUGUUUCCUUUCCUGCUUAUUGCUGGUCUUUCCCAGGCCUUGUAAUACCAGUGUCUUGCAGUGAGAGGAGGUUGCUGAACCAACACACACACACACACACACACACUGCAUUGAGAGCAACCAAACCUGCCAGUGAGGGGAGACUCCAUACUCUAGGUUCCGGUUAUCAAUCUCCCUCUGUGGCCUGAGGCACUCACUUGGGAGGGGUGUCAUGCACAAGUUUUCAGCAGGAAUGGCUACAGUACCAGAGUCUGUCAAGGACUUGGUGACUCACACUUUAGUAAAUUAGAGAUGCAAGUUUUCAUGCUCAACACCUGCACUCAGCAGUGCUUUCUUUUUUUGGGAGACAAAUGGGUCACAGCUGGUGUCCUGAGAGUAGCAUAUAAUACAGGGUGUGGACAUGCAAGAAGACACCAUCUGUCCUGUGGCAUGGCAGGAAAAAAAAAAUCAUGCACCACUUGGUCUAAAUUAGGCUUGGUCACACUUUCUCAGCCCCUCCCUGGUCUUAAUCUGUCUUCGCAAGGCUGGGCUAGAACUAAACUGUUUCCUCACCUACUGGAAAGAUGGAUUGGUCUUUCAGAGGAACAAUCCCAAGGCCUGGAAUAUUCAUAGGCAGAGGGGUGCAAGGUGUGCCUGAAAUGGACCCAAAGCUGAGCUCACUGGCCUAUGAUCUCUGCCCUUGCUCCCCCAUACAACUCCUAGAAAGUAGCUGGAGCCUGGCCCACUCACCUGAGGCCAUUUUUGUUUUUGGCAGCAUCAGGCUCUGAAGGGAAUUGAUAUAAGUUUUAUUUUGAAAAUAUCUUUGUGCACUUAAGCCAGCACUCAGUGGCUCCUUUGUUAUGGAAAGACAGGAGAAUGGGCAAAAGUGGUUUAACUAUAUGGUUUGCUUGUUUUAAGUGAAAACAGACCAAAACUUUCUAUGGCCUGCUGAAUCAGCUGGGGCCUUUGACCCUGCUCUAACCAUGGAAUUUUAUCCAGGCAAAGUCCAGGAAGAAUUUGGUCACAGAACUAAGAACACAUGAGUAUGGAAUGAGAAAGUCUGAUGUUUUGUGUUCUUGGAAAUCCAAUCACCUUCCCGUGCCCAGAUUCUUUUCUUGCCACUUAGGCCAGGUGCUGGAGUACCAGGCUAUGUCUCCUGAAGGCUGGAGGGAAGGAUAGGGAAGGGAGAACAGGGGAGAAGCACUUGACGUAGU